UUUUAGCUGAUUACCAAAACGAGGGUCCUUGGGAAUCAACGCCACUGAGUACUGCUGGGUGGAGAGAUUUUUUUUUUUUUUUUUCUAUCAAAAAGAGGGAAAACUGGAGAAGAAAAGACGCACAGCCAUCCUCCUGAGAGAACGCACACCUGAACUUUUUUUGUACGCAUGUCCAUCUCGGGAGCGCACGGAUACGCUGUUUUUGCCAAACAACCGCCAAACUUCAACGCUCUUUGAGAUCAUGGAUUGAACGUGUGUGUGGUAUAGACAACAUGAGUCCCCGGGGGUGAAUGUGAAGAGUGUGACUGCAGAGAAGUGACGCCCUGCCUGCAUCCAGAUGUUCCAUGUACCCUGUGCGCUCUCGGAUAAGGUCUGCCCUGGAGUAACGGGGAAACUUUGAGAGCAAGGAUCGAGUACAAGAGACAAAUGCCAUGCUUUUUGGGUAAAAUGUUUGGACUUUAACCCAGGCUUUGAGUCUUUUUGUUUUUUUUGUUUUUUUUUUUUUUUGCAUCAUGACAAUGGAGAGCGGCAAAGUGAGGACGCGCAUGCUGCUGUGGGUAUUUGCGCUCUGUGUGCACGGACAGCCUUUUGCAAACCACAACAACGUGAUUGACCUCCUGGCAGCUCUAAACAUGUCCCACCCUGUAAGCGGCGUGUCCAGACUGCAGAGUCCCAGUGGCGUGAUGUAUAAAAUACGCUCCAGAGCCCCAUACCUGACUCUUCCUCAUGAAUAUUCCCACUUCCUCUGUUCCAACCUUCAGGGCAGCAUGGGGUUGCAUUUGGUGGGCCAUCAAGCAUCAGGUUCCAGCGCCACCCUUUUUUCUCUUUCCUCCUCAUCUUCACCCAUUCUACAAAUCACCUCCUCCUCAAGCACUUUGAGAUUAGACUAUUCUCGAGGAGGAUCUCAGGACCUUGCCAGCUUGCACUUCUCUGGGCGAAACCCCUUUUCCAGGGAUGAAUGGGUGCAGUUGGCUGUGAGCAUAGAGCCUGAUAAACUGACAUUCUUUGUAGACUGUCAAGAAGCUGUGGUUUUACCAAUAAAAAACGAUGCAAGAAUCAACCUGGAACUGCCUCAAGAUGUUGUUGCCGCACUUGCCAGCACCCCUGGAAAGAAAGAAAGCAAAUUUAGUGGAUAUCUGAAAACAGCUGAGAUUUCCAUAAGAGGCUAUCUAAAGCGACCAUGGCAUUGUGACAAUGUAACAGAUACUCUGUCUCAGAACACAGACGUCCUUAACCCAGAUCAUGAAACAGAAAGCACUCGACUCCUGCAGCAGGAUGAUUCCCCCACUAAACCUCAAAUAAGGCACAGGCCCCACGACCAAACAAGCCAUUACCCUCAGGAUGUCCAGAGUGACCAGCAGCACAGGGGCCUGGUCCUGGGACCUCCAGGAUCUCCUCAAGGGACUAGAUCUGGUCCCCAGGCACAAAGAGACGACAAGCUGAGGAAGUUAGAGAAGAGGUUGGAUGAGAUGGCACGUAUGCUGGACAUGGUCAAAGCUCAGAAUUCAGACCUUCAGUCUCGUGUAAAGUACCUGGAGGGAUGUGAGUGUGUGAGGAGGAGAUGUGUGUGGGAGGGUCGUGAGGUGGAUGAUGGACAACACUGGCAGAUCGACGUCAACACUAUCUGCACAUGUGCAUCUGGGAAGGUCACAUGCCAGUCAAACAUCAGAGGAUGUGACCUGGAUGGUACGGUACAAAAUGUAGCCUUCACCACUUUAGAUGGCUGUCAGACUUGUACAUGUAAGGGUGGAAACAGGGAAUGCUCUCCUCUGCCCUGCCCUUCACUGGACUGCACACAAAAGGAGACUGUACCCGGGGACUGCUGCCAGCGAUGCCGAGGCUGUGUCCAUUCUGGCAUCCAAUAUGAUCACAGUGCCAAGUGGCGACCUGUAGAAAAUCCCUGUGAAGUCUGCUACUGUCUUGAGGGUCAUGUUCGCUGUGAAAGGGAGCAAUGUCACACCCCUUGUAAAAACCCUGAGGCCCCUCCUCCUAAUGCCUGCUGUCCAGUCUGUCAAGGUUGUGGUGUGAAUGGUCACAAUGUUCCUAAUGGAGCUCUAAUUCCCACUGGAGAUCGCUGUCAGGAGUGUACUUGUGUGAAUGGCGACGUGGUGUGCUCACCUCUCCCAUGCCCCACUUUGUCUUGUCGAAACCCUGUGCAUCACCCUGGAGACUGCUGCCCGCGGUGUGAAAAGUGUGAAUAUGAGUCUAAAGUGUAUUUAGAUGGGCAGAAGUUCCCCUCAGACAGAGACCCCUGCCUCCACUGCCGCUGCUCUGCAGGUGAAGUGUCUUGUGAGCAUAUGGAUGCAUCGUGUCCAGCUCCACGGUGUAGUCAUCCAGCUCGGCGCAAAGCAGAGUGUUGUCCCACAUGUGACGAAUGUGAGUAUGACAGGAGGGUGUACCCUAAUGGAAAAGUGUUCACCCCUCCUGGGAGUGGACCCUGCCUGCAGUGCACGUGUAAGGCCGGGACUGUCAUCUGUCAUGAAGAGAAGUGCCCCCCUGUUCAGUGCUCCAAACCUAUCAUAGACCCACAUCUCUGCUGUCCAAUAUGCAAAGUGUGUGUGUUGGAGGGGGUGGAAUAUGAGGAAGGCUCACAGUGGCAUCCAGAGGGUCCGUGCUCCAGCUGCACCUGUGUUAAUGGAGAGACCUUUUGUACUCAUUCACAGUGUCCUCCAACUGACUGCCUGCAUCCCACCAAGACCACCGGCUCCUGCUGUGCAGUAUGUGAAAGCUGCACCUACAACCAUCGCAUUUAUAGCAAUGGCCAGAGGUUUACAGCCCCCGACCAGCCCUGUCACACCUGCACCUGCCUGCAUGGUACUGUAGAGUGUGAGAGACGACCCUGUCCUCCACUAAACUGUACCAACUCAUACACACCACAUAGAGAAUGCUGCCCUAAAUGUCCAGACUGCUCCUUUGAAAACCGCAUAUUUGUGGAUGGAGAGGCUUUUCCUAAUCCUGUCAGUGUGUGUGAAGAGUGUAAGUGUGUAAGUGGCAGAAUUGACUGUCAUGUUGCACAAUGCUCUCAUCCUCACUGUAACGCGCCUCUGCCUGGAACAUGCUGUCAGAAUAACUGCAAUGGCUGCAGUUAUGGUGGAAAGGAGUAUCCAAAUGGACAGGAGUUCCCCCAUCCAACUGACAAAUGCAGGACAUGCAGCUGCACAAAUGGUAAUGUCCAGUGUCUGAUGAAGAGGUGUCCACCCCUGCCCUGCUCCAACCCAAAUGUUCUGCCUGGAGAAUGCUGCCCCCAGUGUCCUGCUCCUCCAUCAGACUGUGAGUAUGAACAACGGCCUUAUAGACACACAGAGCAUUUUUACCACCCGACUGACAACUGUCGAUUAUGCGUCUGCACCAAUGGGACGGUUCGGUGUCAACGCAAGCCGUGCCCCUUCGCUCCAUGCUCGAACCCAAUUACACAGGACUGCUGCCGCACAUGUGAAGGCUGCUUAUACGAGGGUCGAGAGCGAGCAAAUGGUGAGACAUGGGACGACCCAUCAGACCCGUGUGCAGUGUGCAUGUGCCGCGAUGGUACUGUCCACUGUGAGAGGAAGCGCUGUCCACCCACCAACUGUAAAUACCCUGUUCAGAGACAAUGCUGCAUGUCCUGUGAUGGAUGCAUGUAUCAUGGUAAAGAAUAUCCAGAUGGCUUUGAGUUCAGUGAUGACAAAGACCCCUGUAAUGUAUGUUACUGCUAUGGAGGAGAGGUUGUUUGUACCAAAAUACCUUGUUAUGGAGACUGCAGCCACCCUUACACACCCCCAAGACAAUGCUGUGGAGAAUGUGAACGUUGUUUCUAUAACAGUGCUGUCCUCACUAAUGGGCAGUCUGUCACUGACCGAGGAAACCCGUGUUCUCAGUGCACCUGCCAGAGCGGCUCGGUACAAUGUGUGAACAAACCAUGUCCAGCAGUCUUUUGUCCUCACCCGGCCCCUGACUCAUGUGGAUGCCCCAUCUGUGACGGUUGUCUGUACCAAGGUGUGACUUACAUUGACGGACAGGUCCUUCCAGGAGAAAAGGGCAGAUGUCAGGAAUGCACGUGCACAAGAGGUGAAGUGGUGUGUGCACAGCGUCGAUGCCCUGCUGUGUCAUGCCCACAUCCUGCUCUUGAUGGCUGUGCAUGUGGAGUGUGUGACGGAUGCCAAUUCCACGGACAGGAUUGUUACAAUGGAGAAAGAUUCCCACACCCUUCAGACCGCUGUCAGCUGUGCUCCUGUCUGAAUGGUGCUGUGGUAUGUUCGCAUGUGUCCUGUCCUGCUGUGGCCUGUGUGCGUCCGGUGACCCCUCCAGGUGAAUGUUGCCCUGUGUGCACCGGCAUUUGUUUUCAUCACGGGAAAGAGUAUCAGUCCGGCUCCUCUUUUACUUCACCGUCUGACCCCUGCUCCUCAUGCUCCUGCCUGAAUGAAGUGGUGAACUGUCAGAGGAGACCUUGUCCAGUCCAAUGUUCCCAUCCCAUCCCGUCUGAUACCUGCUGCCCAGUAUGUGAUUCCUGUCUGUAUGAGGGCGUCGUCCAUCCUCACAGUCACACUUUCACGCCUUCGAACCCCUGCCAACGCUGCACCUGUGUCCGAGGCACUGUCACCUGUGUGCCCCUGGUCUGCCCACCCACGCAAUGUAGCAGACCCAUUACCAAGCCAGGCCAGUGUUGUCCAGAGUGCUCAGUAUGUAUGUUGGAUCAACAGGAGUACAGCGAAGGCCAAACAUGGACGCUGAGUUCAAACCCCUGCUCAACCUGCACCUGCCAGGCAGGUGAGGUCCAGUGUGCGGCUCCUCAGUGUCCAAAGCUGCCCUGUAUGCAUCAGGUGACAGACCCAGGAGCCUGCUGUCCUCGAUGUAGAGGUUGUAUGUAUGCAGGAGGGGAGCACACUGAAGGCAGCAGCUGGUUUGCAGAUUCCACCCCCUGUAUGACCUGUAUGUGUGUGGAUGGGGUAACAACAUGCUCUGAAGUAAGAUGUCUCUCCCCUUGUACUAACUUCAUUAAUGUGCCUGGGGAGUGCUGCCCUGUCUGCGCUGACUGUAUAUUUGAGGGGCAAGUGUACGGCCCAGGAGACAGUUUCCAUCCAGCCGAUGACCCCUGUCAGAUCUGCACCUGUGAGGUAACUCCAGAUGGAGAGCAGCACCUGAGGUGUUAUCGUAAGCAGUGCCCCAGUCUGGUCGAUUGUCCAAAGAGUAACAUCCUAUUCACCGGACCAGAGUCCUGCUGUCCAGUCUGUGCACAGCCUCUCAGUAACUGCACAGCUGCACUGAUUGGUAAUGAGGUUUUGGCCACAGAUGACCCCUGUUUUACCUGCCACUGCAAGGACCUGACAUGGACCUGCCUACACCAAAACUGCCCUCCACUUACUUGCCCUCCUAAUGAACAGUUCUUUCCUCCAGAUUCAUGUUGUCCUGUGUGUAAAGCAGACUGUGUGAUUGAAGGCCAGAACAGACGAAUGGUCAAUGGCAGCAGCUGGACAGACAGUGAUGAUGACUGUGUCACAUGUACCUGUAAUCUGGGAUAUAUUGAGUGCAGCAUUGAAGAGUGUUUACCUGUUAUUUGUCUAAAUGGCCAAAAACAACUGAAGAUUCCAGGAAAAUGCUGCUAUGAAUGCCAAGACUCAGGAGCGUCCUGUUUAUACCAGGGAGUAGAGUACCAGUCAAAUGAACGGUGGGAUGUGGACGAGUGCACCGGCUGUACAUGUCUGUCAGGAGACGUACACUGCCACAUUGAGCGCUGCCCUCCCCUCACCUGUUCGACAGAUGAAAUGCCAGCAGUGAUACCGGGUUUGUGUUGUCCCCAUUGCCUUCCUCGUCCAGCCACCUGCAUUGCCUUCGGCGACCCUCAUUACCGUACCUUCGAUGGCCGAAUGCUGCACUUUCAGGGAGCAUGCACUUACAUCCUGGCACAGGACUGUGAAGGCGGAGACUUUAGUAUCCAUGCCACUAAUGAUGAUCGAGGGCGUAAAGGUGUUUCCUGGACUAAGGAGGUGACAGUGUUCAUAGGAGAUGUCACAGUGCAGCUGCUCCAGGACUGGGUUGUGAAGGUCAAUGAUCAGGUUGUGACUUUGCCGUUCCUCAGAGAACCGUACAUCUAUGUAGAGCGCCAAACCAACACCAUCUUACUCAAUACUAACAUUGGGUUAAAGGUGCUGUGGAGUGGUCGCUCACACCUGGAAGUGAGUGUACCAGGGUCCUAUAGGGACCACACCUGUGGUCUCUGUGGAAACUUCAAUAAUUAUCACCAGGAUGACCUUCGCAUGCCCAGCGGGAAAAUUAGCCAAUCCGAGUCUGACUUCGGCAAUAGCUGGAGGGUCACCAAUGGCAGCCAUUCUCUGUCAUCCUGUCGACCUGGUGAGGAUGUGGACCCAUGUAAGGAUGCAGGAUAUCAGGCCAAAAAGGGAGCUAAUGCUCGCUGUAAGGUCUUGAAGUCGUCUGUGUUUAAGCCCUGUCAUCGUGUGGUGCCUCCUGAACCAUGGUAUGGAGCCUGUGUGUAUGACCUCUGUGCCUGCGGGGCCAAUACUGAUGAGUGUUUGUGCGACACCCUGGAGGCCUACGCCAGUCAGUGCAGGGAGGCUGGGGUGGUUCUGCAGUGGAGGAGCCCAUCACUGUGUGCUGUGGGCUGCCCUGUGGAAAGGGGCUUCGUAUUUGACGAGUGCGGACCUCCGUGUCCCAUUACCUGUUUUAAUGUUGAUGUUCCACUUGGAGUGAUCGAGAGCCACUGCUUUAAACCCUGCGUCCCUGGCUGCCAGUGUCCGGCUGGUCUGGUUUUACACAACAACUACUGCAUACGUCCAGAGAAGUGCCCCAGGAUCAUACAUGGAAAACCCACAUAAUGCUGCUCACUUUCUACUGGACACUUGUACACAUACAUGCACUGCACCCUCCAAUAGCCCACAGUCCACCCACAGACAGCAUAAAAGCUCUGCAAGACUGAUUAAGAUGGAAAUAGAAAAAUAUCCCUAAUAACCGUUGGAUUCCUCAGACUGACUGAAGAGAAAUACUGCUUUACAUGGUGCUUUUAUACACAAUUUUAGAUAUGAACAUGUAGCACUGAAUGUUUAUAUCACACAAGGGUUAUCUUUUUAAUGUGUUAACAUCUCAAAUGAUCAUUGCCUGUUUUGUUUAACAAAAUAUUGUCCGCACAUUCAUCAUUUGACCAGUAUUAUUUGCUACCAAAUGAGCAUAUGUUUACUGUACAGUUUCCAUUUCAGCACUGUGUUUUGUCAGUUUAUUACAGAUUACUGUAUGUACAGUAAGUCACAUAAUCUCAGGUACUCAUUUUCAUCAUCAAUUUUUAAUAAACAAAUGUCUGUUAUAACCUUA